AUCUUUAAUCAUUCUGUCCCAGAAAAGUGUCUUGAAAAAAAUAUCCGAGAUAUAUCACUCAGGGACGCGCAUGCAAUAAAAAAAUCUUUCAUAGUGUCUCCCAAUAGUUUAUGACCACCAUGUAACGAUCUUACUCCAAACAACGAACAUAUGGACGCGUUCUCACGCACUACACGACGUUGCGAAUAGCGGGCAGUUCAUUUAUUGUUCAUUUUCAUAACGAAAAACAAGAAUGGCGGGGAAAGUCUUUAUUUUGUUAGUUAUUGCUGGAAUUUUAGUACAAGGUCACCUUUGUGAUGACAAAAUCAUUGGUGGUAUAAGCGCUGUACCACAUUCAGCCCCGCAUAUUGUACAUCUUGAUAAACCAAAUCUGUUUUGUGGAGGUUCUCUGAUAGAGCAGGAAUGGGUCAUCUCUGCAGCGCAUUGUUAUACCAAUCCUUCUUACUUUACUGUUGUACUCGGCGACCAUGAUUUAUCGACAGACGAAGGAACAGAACAAAUUAUCAAACCUUCAAAAGUUUUUGUUCAUCCGAGAUACGACCCCAGGACGAAAGGAUAUGACGUUAUGCUGAUCAAAUUAACGACUCCCGCCGUGUUAAACCAAUAUGUUAAAACUGCUCCACUACCAGCAGCAUACUCUCAACCUGUAGAUGAAUCUACAUGUCAAGUUUGUGGGUGGGGAAAUACGCAAGUAUCUGGGAAUGUUUAUCCCAAAGUGUUACAAUGUGUCAAUCUACCGGUGGUGCCUACGUCAUCAUGUAAUGACGUCACCUCAUACAAUGGUCUUAUCACUGAUUCGAUGUUUUGUAUUGGGUAUAUGGACGGUGGAAAAGAUGGCUGUGAUGGCGAUUCAGGUGGCCCAGCUAUAUGUGAUGGUGUAUUGGCAGGAGUUGUGUCUUGGGGAUACGGUUGUGCCUACCCCAACUUUCCUGGAGUGUACGCUAAAGUAUCUUGGACCGUAGAUUGGCUUCAAGCGAUUAUGGAACAGAACUAGGUCGUCGUAAACAAUCAUAUAACUUAUGUAUUAAAAAUCUAAAGGAAAUGCUUUGAAAAAAUAACCAAUCGAAACACACGCGGUUUCUGUGACACAAAUAUACAGAGUGCAUCUGUGUGUAACUG